ACAAGUUUGAAGAAAAUUUCUUGUUGUGAAUUAUUCAAUUAAAAAUGGAAGGUAGGGAAGAUUUCGGUUUUUGCAAAGGUGGAUGUGGGUUUUACGGCAGCUCAGCCACAAAUGGAUUUUGCUCAUUGUGCUGGAAAAAUGAAAUCAGGAAGAAUCCUGAACUAGGUAACAGGCUGACUGCUGAUAAUCAGCCGACAUCCUCUCCUUUCACAAUUGAGAAUGCAUCAAGUAGAAAUUGGGAAAAUGAAAGUGAUGAAGAAUUGUCAUCAUUAAAUUUAAGCUUUGGAGAGUCUAGAAGAAAUUUAAACGAUAUUUUUGACGAGAAGUUAAACGACAGUAUGCCCAACUUUGAAAACACUGAAACUUCAAACGUCCCAAACAAGGAGGGAAAUGUCGCAACUUCAAAAACUAAAAGAAACAAGUGCCACGUUUGUAAGAAAAGAGUGGGUCUGACGGGUUUCGAUUGCAGAUGUGGCGGGGUGUUUUGCGGUCUGCACCGAUAUUCAGACACCCACGGAUGCACCUUCGAUUACAAGGAAGAGGCGCGUAAGGAGAUGACAAGGAAAAACCCAAAAGUCUCGUCUCAAAAAAUUGAGAAGAUUUAAUUUGAGUAGGACAUUUAUAGAAGCAAAUGUACUAUAAUGCGUAUUUUUUUCUUUAUGUACUAUAAUCGUGUUCGUUUUGAAUUCAAUUUCAUGCUUAUAAGACCGAGAAUAAAUGAUUUGUAAUGAUUUUCAACGCAUGUUUUUAAUAAAAUUUAAUUAAAUGAAUUAUCUCACAUUUUGAUGACAAUUAAUUUCUUAAUUAAAUUAUUAAAAAUUUAAAAAUAUCAUGAUGAGCAAAAUGGCGGUUCCGUGUCGACGGCCAUAGCAAUUAAUGAGGCGACAAGAGCUGAAAACCAAUUAACUUGCCGAAGAUUUAAGGAGCGCGAAAAAAUUACUUAUCCGCUCGUUUCAUUGGACAAUAAACUUCGUAAGCAUCUGCGCCUCAUCAUAAUUCGAAUUGUAAUCGUUGCUUGCACUGUGCGCUUAGACUUCUAUUCACGCACUUGCAUUUGUCUUUCUUGUUUUCAUCAAUAAAUUUGUGUUAUUUCUUUAUAAAUUUGUCAAAAAGAUAAACUGAUAUUAUAUUAGCAUCCGAUCAUUUAAAAAAAUUUCUUUACCACGAGAAUUUUUUGAUUAAGUUUAAAACUUGAAAAUAUGCAUACGUUGACAAUUAACACAAAACAGGCAAUUACGUGAAUUAUUAUUGAUGAAAUAAAUUAUUAAAUGCUUUGAAGAUUAUAUAUUCAAAAUAUGUGCUUUUC